AUGCCAAUACCUGCUCCUCCUCCUCUUCCUCCUCCUCCUCCAUCAUCCUCUCCUGUUCCACAUACCCCAAAAGCAAAAGCUAUCAAAUUGGAUAUACCUAUAGAAGGAUUAUCUCUUCCUGAAAAGAUCUCUAUCGGUGCGCGUGUUGGUCAUAUGGAAAAGGUGAAGCUUGACAGACUUUCAAAUGAGGAAGUUACGAGAGAUGACGAUGUUGAUAUUGACAAUGAGGGUGAUAUGGAUGGUCGCUUGACACCAAUGCCCGACUCAUCUUCAAAUCGUUCGAGUCUCACAAACCUCACUACACCCUCACAACGUUCAUCUUCCCCUUCACCACCCACUUCCCUUUCCUCUGAUCCCGUCGCGCCGGACUCUACAGCUGCUUCUGAUCGCGCUCAGGUCCUCGACAAUUUAGCUCCCGCAGAAGUGGGACUCUGCGCGCUACGAGACGAGAUUCAGCUCCGUAAUGCACUCCUCAGCAAAGAUCGUCUCUUCCUUCUCGUCAUUGCAAGAGAGGUCGAAUCGUUUCUCGCUCUGCUGAAAACUUCGGGCGCCAGUGCUGCGGCAGUGCAGAUGAUUCCCGGCGGUGCGGGCGGGUCAUUGGCUGCUACAUUGGGUCCGAGCUUUCAACUCGGUAGCACACCAGGAAGCAAGUUUCAGAGGAUGCUGGUUUAUAAGACGGCGGAAUGGUAUGGUCUCAAAGCAUGUCCUGGCGCGGAAGAGAAGAUGGUUGUAGGUGUUCAAGGGAAUUUGAGUGAGAAAGCCCACUCUCUGAGACUCGCCGAAAUGGUUCCUAAACCUCCAUCGCCCACUCAGAAAUUCAAGAUAAUGCAACGAGCAAACGAUAACGUCAACGACGGUCAUCGCGGUUCCUCAACAGAAUUCUCAGCCGAGUCCUCUGCGCAAGCUCAGGCUAUGAAGAAAAAGACCCUGGAAGAGCGAGAGCUUGCUUACGCUUUGGCUCGGCAGAGAAUAUAUGGCUCAGGCUCCGACCCUUCCAAAACGGGAAUUUCAAAUGCCAAUGGAGGUGGUAAUGAAAUCAACGGUUCGGUCAAGCAAGGAAUGGAUGACGAAUUUGACCCUGUCCCUCGACAUUUAUACGCCGGUGAACCUAGCUCCCCAUAUAACGCAUCGGGUGAACCUGUGUACGCAUCAAUAUUCCACCCUGUCAAAUCAGAGUCUCAGCCCGUUCCUCAACGUCAAGCACCUCAACAAGCUUACGCAGGCUAUAUGUAUCAUCCCAAUCAACACCCGACGCAAUUCGUCUAUUGUCCUCCUCGAACCAUAGGGCCACAAGGAUAUCCAGAUGAGAGCGGAUAUCCCACCCCACAAAUGGCACCCAUGGGUCCUAUUCCAUACGGUCCCUCCGCUCAAUAUUCCGAGGGCUCUUCAACAUAUAUCGGUCCAUCCACGCAGCCGCAAUAUGCACCAUCAGACUGGCCGACCCAACCACCAUCUCAAUACCAUAAUCAUGCCCCGCCUCAUCCGAUGAUUCCGGAACAUAUGGCCAUGCCACCACCAGGUUGGGUCUACCUCGGUCCUCAACCUCCCAAUGCCGUGGGGAUACCACCGAGAAUGCCAAUGAUACCACAAGGUAUGCCAGCUUAUCCACAACCGUUCCCUUAUCCUCCCAGCCAGAGCUAUAACUCAAGGACACUACCUGUGGCAAGGCCCAGCAUGACCAACGGAGGCGGCUUGGCUCAGCCUGUGCCACAUCGUCCCGGCAUCUUCCCCCAUUCGUCGUCCGCUUCGUCUAUAUCCAGCGUGUCGUAUCAAUCAUACCCGGAUGGAUCACGUCCUCAUUCCAGAGGAUCCACCACGAGCACACGGAGCGCGACGAGUAGUAUACGAUUCGGACAAAGAUAUCCGAUGAAUGGGUUAAGACAGGGGGGUAAAUCGGGUAUCAAUGGAAUGACGAGUUUAGUUCAUAGCGACAGACGGAGUACAAGAGGGCAUAGUCCUUCAUCUAUCACUACAGCAUCAUCAUCACGCUCAUCUCGACGAACCAAUUCCAUACAACUAGCACCUCCUGCUCCUGGUCAAUUCCCCCUUCCUCAAAGACCAGAUUGGGCAGCCAAUAACGUACCUUAUUAUCCCUCUCCUCUGCCCCUUCAAGUCCCUCAGAUACCAAACGGAGCAUCAAGCCAAACCGAUUUCCCACCUCUGUCUGGACCUUUAGGAAGAAACGGGACCAACGCCGAGCCAAUGCAAGUGGAGCGUGCGAAGAUACGUGCGGGGCAGAAUGCGUGGAAUGGUAACAGUGGUCGUCCUACGCAAUCAUCAUCACCCUUGUCUUCUCCCAAAAUUCAAACUGCUACUCUUUCCAGGCCAAGGACACCAGCGCCCAGUACGAUAAUACAGACGACUCCGGUUGUUUCUGUCAUGUCUCAUCCUUCUCAAGCAGCUCAAUUGACUUCAUCAACAUCUCACUUAACUGCAGUAGUCCCACCCCAAGUCAUCAUUUCUUCUGAAGAUCCGGAUUUCCCACGUCGCAUUCCCUCCGCCCGACCGGCAGCUGUCUUGUUCGAUCCCUCGGCACCUCCACAACCCCGACCAACCCCCGCUGUCGCUCCUGUGGUAGCAGGAGAAACGGAGAUCGAGGCCAAGUUGAGGGAAGUGAGCAUCAGUGCUAACGUUGUCAUUGGACCUCCCAAGGUUCACAUGGCGGCGGCGGUAUCGAGUGCGCCGACAGGACCUUCGUAUGCGAGGGUCGUCAGGAGAGAGUAGUGUGGGGGUAUGGACAUCAACUCUCUACCUUCGAGGUUUACAUCGAGGUGGUGGGGUCUCGGACGACACUCCUUGCGGAUAUGGUGGUUGUGUCACUGGUGUG